CCACUUCUACAGAAGAUCCUUUGACUCCGUCUCGGUUGCUCUCUUUUUUUCACGUUCAUUCGCUAACAAAUCUCUCUCUCUCUCUCUCUCUCUCUCUAUCCAAUUUUUGUUUUUUCUUUUCACACUUCAGAAGAUGAGCUAGAUAAGCUCGAGAGAUUCACAGUUGUUUAAUGUUGUAAGGAAUGUUGGAUUGUGGUGAUUAGGUCAAAAUACAUGGGUGGCCAGCGCGAGAAGUUUGUUAGGUUGGAUGACUUGGAUUCUACAUUCUCAUCAUCUUCAAAUACUGGACUAACUAAAUGUGGGUUUGAUGUUGAUGGAUUUUGCCAUGCUGCUCAUCCAAGAGAUGGAACAUCUAGAUCGUUUAAGAGGGGAAUGAGAAAGGGAUCUGAAGGGCUUAAGUCAAUUGGUCGAUCACUUGGAUUUGGGGUUUCUCGUGCCGUUUUUGCAGAAGAUCUUAAAGUUUCAGAGAAGAAGAUAUUUGAUCCUCAAGACAAACUCCUCCUUUUCUGGAAUAAACUCUCUGUCAUAUCAUGCAUUUUGGCUGUAUCUGUGGAUCCACUUUUUUAUUAUCUUCCAGUCAUUAAUCAAUCAUCAGCUUGCAUUGAUAUAGAUCGAAAGUUAGCUAUCACAGUUACUACAUUGCGGACAAUUUUCGACACUUUUUAUCUCAUUCACAUGGCCCUUCAAUUCCGAACAGCUUAUAUUGCCCCAUCGUCCCGGGUUUUUGGACGGGGUGAACUUGUGAUUGAUCCUGCACAAAUAGCCCGGCGAUACCUGCGGCGGUACUUUAUCAUUGAUUUUAUUUCUGUGCUACCCCUACCACAGAUUGUGGUUUGGAGAUUUCUUCAGAAUUCAGAAGGUUCAGAUGUAAUGGCCACAAAACAGGCCUUGUUUUUCAUUGUCUUACUUCAAUAUUUUCCCAGAUUUCUUCGGAUAUUACCUUUAACUUCAGAACUUAAAAGGACAGCCGGUGUAUUUGCUGAAACGGCUUGGGCAGGUGCUGCAUAUUACUUGCUACUAUACAUGCUCGCUAGUCAUAUAGUUGGCGCAUUCUGGUACCUCUUAGCUGUAGAACGCAAUAAUGCGUGCUGGCAGCAGGCUUGUUCAGAUAGCAAAGAUUGCAAAAGAUCAUUGUAUUGCAGCAAGCAAACCAUGGAAGAGAAGAGCUGGCAGGCUCUGCUCAAUUCAAACUGCUCAGUAGAUGAUAACUCACCAUUUGAUUAUGGAAUAUUCCAAAGUGCUUUGUCAUCUGAAGUUGUCUCCUCAUCCAUGAAUUUUGUCUCUAAAUACUGUUACUGUCUGUGGUGGGGGCUACAGAAUUUAAGUACACUUGGCCAGGGACUUCAAACCAGCACAUAUCCUGGGGAGGUUAUAUUUUCCAUAGCACUAGCCAUACUUGGACUCAUCCUCUUUGCACUUCUUAUUGGCAACAUGCAGACCUAUCUUCAGUCGCUUACCAUUCGGCUAGAGGAGAUGAGGGUUAAAAGGCGUGAUUCAGAGCAGUGGAUGCAUCAUCGCUUGCUCCCACAGGACCUUAGGGAGCGGGUUAGACGGUAUGAUCAGUACAAGUGGUUGGAAACACGUGGGGUGGACGAAGAGAGUUUGGUCCAGUGUCUACCAAAGGAUCUUAGGAGAGAUAUCAAGCGACACCUCUGUCUCGCGUUAGUGAGGAGGGUUCCUCUAUUUGAGAGCAUGGAUGAGAGGUUGCUUGAUGCCAUUUGUGAGCGACUGAAACCCUGUUUAUUCACAGAGAGUACUUACAUUGUUCGUGAAGGAGAUCCAGUUGAUGAGAUGCUUUUUAUCAUACGUGGUCGCCUUGAGAGUGUAACCACCGAUGGUGGGAGGAGUGGGUUUUUCAACCGCAGUUUACUGAAAGAAGGUGAUUUCUGUGGGGAGGAGCUUCUGACCUGGGCACUGGAUCCCAAAUCGGGAUCUAACCUCCCAUCUUCUACUCGGACAGUGAAGGCUAUAACAGAGGUUGAGGCUUUUGCCCUAUUUGCUGAAGAGUUAAAAUUUGUGGCAAGUCAAUUUAGGCGCCUUCACAGUAGACAGGUUCAGCACACUUUCCGUUUCUACUCACAGCAGUGGAGGACUUGGGCUGCAUGCUUUAUCCAAGCGGCAUGGCGUCGAUAUUCCAAGAGGAAGAUUAUGGAGCUUCAGCGCAAGGAAGAAGAAGAGAGAGCAGAAGGGUCAGCAGCGACCCACAAUAAUGUUGGUGGAGGUUCAUAUAGUCUUGGUGCCACUUUCUUAGCUUCCAGGUUUGCAGCAAAUGCACUUCGUGGUGUUCAUCGAAAUCGAAAUGCAAAGACUGCCAGGGAACUGAUGAAACUGCAGAAGCCCCCAGAGCCUGAUUUUGCUGUUGAUGAUGCAGAAUGACUCGUAAUGUAAGAUAACUCUUUUGAUAUGCUCAUGAUUGAAUUUUUUAGGACUUCAUUUAAGGGACUAAAAACAAUGUAUUCUAAUACAGGAUGUCAAACUUUGUAUAGAAGUUGUAAGACUUUUCUGGGAGAAAAAGGUGAAAGAAAAAGAAGAAGAAGAAGAAGUAAA